GAAUAGCUUUUAAUUCGACGGAGACACCGAGCCUCCGAAGAGAGCAGUUGAGCUUCUCGAUUCAAUCGAAUCCCCCUCCAAUCUCUAAAACCCUAAUUUUUUACCUCCAUUUCCACUCUCAAUUUCUCUCUCCCUCUCAAAUUUACCGAUCAAUGGCUCAGCUCGUUUCGACUCCUUCCGUCAACGCGUCGUCUUCUCUCCUAAACCCUAGCUCUGCAUCUAAGCUUAAACCCUCGUCCAUUCCUUCCAGAUUUCGUGGAGCUCAGAGGAGAGAGGGGAAGAGAAGCAAUGGGAGUUCUCGUUCUCGAGUUGAAGCCGUAGCCAGUAGGAUCUCCACUCUGCUUCCAGUUUCGCCUGAUGAUUUGCUCAAGGCAGAUGAGGAAUUUCAAAAGCUUAAGACUGUUCAGCAGCGUGGUAAUGAGUCUCUUAGUGUGUGGUCCAAUCCAAAUGUGAGGCGCAAGACUAAAAUAGUUUGCACCAUUGGACCAUCCACCAACACAAGAGAGAUGAUAUGGAAGCUUGCAGAAGCCGGUAUGAAUGUUGCCAGGCUUAAUAUGUCCCAUGGAGACCAUGCUUCUCACCAAAAAGUCAUCGAUCUCGUGAAGGAGUAUAAUGCUCUAUGCAAGGACAAUGUGAUUUCAAUCAUGCUUGAUACUAAGGGCCCAGAGGUUAGGAGUGGUGACCUGCCACAACCAAUCAACCUAGUAACUGGUCAAGAGUUCACCUUCACAAUAAAAAGAGGGGUCAGCACUGAUGAUUCUGUUAGCGUGAACUAUGAUGACUUUGUUAAUGAUGUGGAAGCUGGUGAUAUGCUUCUUGUAGAUGGAGGAAUGAUGUCUUUGAUGGUGAAAUCCAAAACCAAAGAUGAUGUGAAAUGUGAAGUUGUUGAUGGAGGUGAACUCAAGUCUAGGCGGCAUUUGAAUGUUCGUGGAAAAAGUGCUACAUUGCCAUCAAUCACUGAAAAGGAUUGGGAUGACAUUAAGUUUGGGGUAGAAAACAAAGUAGAUUAUUAUGCAGUUUCCUUUGUAAAAGAUGCUGACGUUGUGCAUGAAUUGAAAGAAUAUCUGCAAAGCUGUGAUGCUGAUAUACAUGUAAUUGUGAAAAUAGAAAGUGCUGAUUCCAUCCCAAAUUUGCAUUCUAUAAUUACGGCAUCUGAUGGUGCUAUGGUAGCUAGGGGUGACCUUGGUGCUGAACUGCCUAUUGAGGAGGUUCCUUUGCUGCAGGAAGAAAUCAUUGGAAUGUGCAGGAGCAUGGGAAAAGCUGUUAUUGUUGCAACAAACAUGCUGGAAAGCAUGAUUACUCAUCCCAUGCCAACCAGAGCAGAAGUUUCAGAUAUUGCAAUUGCUGUUCGUGAGGGUGCCGAUGCAGUCAUGCUUUCUGGAGAGACUGCUCAUGGAAAGCACCCAUUGAAAGCUGUAAAGGUUAUGCACACAGUAGCUUUAAGGACUGAAGCUACGCUGGAUGGGUCAGAAAAACCAGCUAAUCUUGGACACGCAUUUAAGAACCACAUGAGUGAAAUGUUUGCUUACCAUGCAACAAUGAUGUCAAACACUCUGGGCACAUCAACCAUAGUGUUCACAAGAACGGGAUUUAUGGCAAUCCUACUUAGUCAUUUUCGACCCUCUGGCACUAUUUUUGCCUUCACUGAUGAGGAGAGAGUGAGACAAAGGCUAGCCUUGUAUCAAGGGGUGUGUCCAAUCUAUAUGCAAUUUUCAGAUGAUGCUGAAAAGACAUUUGCCGAGGCUCUUUCUUAUUUGCAGGAACAUGGAAUGGUGAAGCAAGGCGAGGAGGUAGCUCUCGUUCAGAGUGGAAGACAACCCAUCUGGAGAUCGCAAUCGACGCACAAUAUCCAGGUCAGGCAGGUGUAGCUCACUCGAGUGUGAAGCCUUUUUGUCUCGAGUUGCACACGAAAGAGAUCGAAUUAAUUUGUUCAUUCUUAGAGUUUUGAGUUGAUAUCCACAUUCUAGGGAUUGGUUUCUUAUCCUUUCAAUUUUGUGUAUUCUGUAUUACGUGCUUAGUUGUGUGUAAUGAGGUGACUGUUUGGAAUCCGUUGUUGAUUUAUUGUGCAUCAGAUUUUGUUCUACGUGAAUAAGAUACCACAAUUCUUUAAUUUCAC